CUAAAGAAGAAAAGUUAUAAACACAGAGACGUAGAUCAACGGCUCUGGCAAACAAAAGCAUACACAGAUUUGAAUAGUAUACAUGAUAUUUUAGCGUAACUGUAAGAUCACUUAUGAAUACUUGCGAACAAAAUAGGAUUGAUGCAAAAUUUAGUUUUAAUACGUCACUGGAAAUUUUGCCAUCAUGGGGAAAGAGAAAGCUGGCUUUUUAACUCCUAAAGCCAUUGCAAAUCGCAUCAAAGCCAAGGGUUUGCAGAAACUGAGGUGGUAUUGUCAGAUGUGUCAGAAACAGUGUCGAGAUGAGAAUGGCUUCAAAUGUCACAUGAUGUCGGAGUCCCAUCAGAGGCAGCUGCUGCUUUUUGCAGAAAACCCGGAUGAAUACAUUGACACAUUUUCCAAGGACUUUCAAGACGGAUAUUUGGAACUGUUACGGCGCAGGUUCGGCACAAAGCGUGUGCACUGCAAUGUCGUGUACCAGGAGUACAUCUCCCAGAGGGAUCACACCCACAUGAACUCAACCCAGUGGGAGACACUUACGGACUUUGUCAAGUGGCUUGGACGGGAAGGUCACUGUGAGGUGGAUGACACAGAGAAGGGCUGGUUUGUCAAGUACAUUGACAGGGACCCUGAGACCAUCAAGAAACAGGAGCAGUUGAAGGCCAAGGAGCGUAUGGACAUGGAUGACAACGAGAGGGCGGCCCGGAUGAUACAGGAGCAGGUGGAGCGGGGAAUGAAGGCAGAGAGGAACGCACACGAGGCCGAGUACACGGAACUGAAACGGGACAACGAGGAGGAGAAAGUGACAAUAUGCCUUGGGACUUCAAAGAAAACAGAAUUACCAAAGCCUGUUCCAGUGGAAAAUGUCUUCAAAGGGCCAUCUGGGAAAGAAGACAAUAGUCAAGGCCAGAAAGACUCGAAAAAACUCUCAACGGGUGAUAAGCGUAAAUCAGCCUUGGAUGAAAUAAUGGAGCACGAGGAGAAAAUGAAGGAAAAGAAGAACAGAAAAGACUAUUGGUUACAUGAGGGAAUUGUUGUGAAAGUGAUCUCAAAAAAGCUUGGUGAUAAAUAUUAUAAAAAGAAAGGAUAUGUCAAAUCAGUGCAGGAUGUUUAUGGAGCCAUUAUCAAGAUGAUUGACAGUGGAGAUAAAAUCAAGGUGGAUCAGUCACACGUGGAAACAGUCCUCCCUGCUACAGGAAAGUUGGUGCUUAUUGUCAAUGGGGCUUAUCGUGGAGAUACGGCCAUGCUGGAAGAAAUUAAUGAAAAAAAGUUCAACUGCUCUGUCAAGUUAAGUUCUGGGCCACUCAAUGGGAGGCUUGUUGAAAACCUUGCAUAUGAGGAUGUGUCUAAACUCUACCAAGCAUCAUGACGAAGGUGGUGUCCCAGCAGAGAAUAAAGUACCAAUCUCUAGACUAGAUGAGGGUCGACCUUGACCACGAGGUUAUAUCUUGUGUUUGGAGCUGGAUUUCCAUAUCCAUAGAAAUGGGAAAGCCAUGCUGCUUUGUGCAGUCUUUUGUUUCAACAGUAGGCAGUUUAGCUAUUAAUUUCAGUUAUGACUGAUUGCUGGACAGGAGGUUCAAGUUUAGGAGCAUUAAAAUACGAAUGGACAUCUUCUGGUUUAAAUCCACAUCUAUAUAUAUAUAUAUAUAUAUUAUAUAACAGCACAUGAACUUGAAAAACAUGAUGUUAUAUACAUAACAGCACAUGAACUUGCAAUAUUGAAGAUAGCAGCUUGAUAUUUGGCAUGCAUGUGUAUCUCAUGGAGCUGCACAUUUUGGGUGGUGAGAGGUCAAGGUCAUUCUUCAAGGUCAAAGGUCAAAAAACAAAAUCCAAGGGAAGUGACAAGCUUUUAAGGGAGAUAAUUUCUAUUUUUAUAUCAUUUGGCAGGUACAGAUCAUUUUCACAAGGGAAAUAAUAUUUUUUAAAGGGAUAUAAUCACACAAUUUUUUUUUAAAUUCAAAGCGGCGCAGUAGGGGGCAUUGCGUUUCUGAAAAACACAUCUCUUGUUUGUUGUUGAGGUGGGAUUACGUUUAAAACAGAUAAAAAUGUUAUAGAUUACAUUUAACGAUGUACUUCUUGUUAAGAAGUCUCAUACUUCUGCAUGGACUCUGGGACAAGAUAACAUGGGUGAGAUGGAAAAUAGUGUUGAAAUCAAUGAAACACCACUUGAAAUGCAUGUACUGUUAACAGAAAUAUGUAGGGAAUAUGUUUACCAGUAACAAAAAUAAGUUGGAAAUGCAAGCACGGGUAAUAAGAAUGGGAAACUUUCAAGUCAAUGGUGUUGAUGCUUUCUUUGUCAAUUCAUAUCAUUGGAAAAUAUUAUUGUUUUUUGUUGUUUUAAAUUAGACAUUUUAUAUACUUUCAAAACAAACUUUUGAUUACGCUUUUAAUUGUAAACUGAAUGCAAAAGAAAGAAUUUUAUUUCAAUUACUAUUUUGUUUUUGUUCAAUUAAAGGGGCCUUUUCACAGAUUUUGACAUGUUUUGAAGUUUGUCAUUAAAUGCUUUAUAUUGAUAAAUGUAUACAUUGGAUCUAAAAAGCUCCAGUAAAAAAUAAAGAAUAAAAUUUAAAAAAAAAGAAAAAAAGGUUUCCGUUAGCAGGACUCGAACCACUGACCCCUGGAGUCCUGGAGUAAAAAGUCUACGCAUUAGAGCAGGACUCGAACCACUGACCCCUGGAGUCCUGGAGUAAAAAGUCUACGCAUUAGACCACUCGGCCAUUUUCCUUAUACAAUAAGUGAUGUAUUUUAUACUUCAUAUAAGGGAUCCUUGUAGUUUUACAAAAUUUAAUGACAAUAACAGAACUCUCCAAAUUAUUCAAUCGUUUCGGGUUGCAACGCUUUAUAAUUUUCAGGUUUUUAAAUCGUCAAAAGAUGCAUAUAAAGGCUGUUUUAGAGCAUGGUAAAUGUUCAGUAUUACGGUUUCCUCACAAAUAUCAUAACUAAAACGAAAAUUUUUCGAAUAUGAAACAACUUUUUUCAAUUUUGUCAAUUUACCAAAACGUGAAAAGGCCCCUUUAAGCUGGGUUCAAGAAGAUCUGUUAAGAUCAUCAGUUAAUGUAUUGAAAGUUUCAUUCAUUAACAAAAUAUGUGAUGGUUUAUGAUAUUGAUGAAGUUCAGAAAAUACAUCACACAAGUUGCCAGUCUAUUGGUCUAUUUAUGCAUUAUUAUACUAACCAGGUUUUCCGAAGGAAAAAACUGGUUAUUAGAUUGGCGAAUGCGGGCGGGCUGGCUGGCGGGCAGGCGGAACAAACUUGUCCGCUCUCUUAUUCAAAUAGUUUUCAUCCGAUCUUUACUAAACUUGGUCAGAAGUUGUAUCUAGACAAUAUCUAGGUCAAGUUCGAAUAUGGGUCAUGCCGGGUUAAAAUCUAGAUCACGGGGUCACUUAGUGCGUUUUAAACAUUGAGCAUGAUGUCCGCUCUCUAAUUCAAAUAGUUUUUAUCCAAUCUUUACGAAACUUGGUCAGAUGUUGCAUCUAGACAAUAUCUAGGUUAAGUUUGCAUAUUGGUCAUGCCGGGUCAGAAACAAGGUCACGGGGUCGAAAAACAGAUUGAUUUUGAAACAAGGAGGGUAAUUGUGAUUAACAAUUAGUAGCAUUGCACAUUUUGAGUUGCAGUUGUCUCCCUUUAUCAGACUUUUUUAUUGAAAACCUGGUUUUGUGACAAUUUUGUCCCAUGUUUUUGUAUUUCUCCUGUAUCAGGACCCUGAGGAGCUAUUGUGAUCACAAUAUGUUCAGUAUCCGUCGUUGUAUGGUUUUCAUCGUCAACUUUUAGCUCUUACAACUCAAGAGGCCACAUUUUUGUGCUACCUUAAUGCAACCUGGUUAGAUUUUUUUUGUUUAAAAUAUUGAAGCCAAGUUCUAAUUCGUGUCAUGUGUCAAAAACUAGGGCACCAGGUCAAAUGUUAGAAAAACAUUCUUACCACUCUAGAGAUAAGAGGAUUUUUUAGACAAAAGUGGAAUGUUGGGGCAUCCUUGUUCCUUUCUUGUUCAUUUAGGUCCAUCCCAUUGUUCUCUUACUAAGUUUGAACGUUCUGUCAGGUCAAGUCUGGGUGGCAGGUGAACUUAGGUGAGCAUUAAGGGACAUCAGGGCCCUCUUGUCUUUGUAGAACGUCUGUUUUUAACAUUGGUGAUUAAAUAAUGUGUUUUGUCACUUUGCAGCAUUAAGCGUUUAUAGUUUUUGAUUUGAGUCUAGCACUUUUCUGCAUUUUAUAAUUGCAUAAAAAGUAUUUAAAAAUGCAAUUUGCAGUUAGCGACUAAAAUAUGCAUCAGUUUACAAUGACCUGUUUGUAAUAACUGGCAUAUCGUCAUUAGAAAAAUGCUCAAUUCUAUUGGCACUCAUUUUUUAUGCAAAGUUAUUUCAAGAAAUGUAGGUCAAAAGCUGUCCGCAUCAAUGCUGAAAAACCAAAGCAAGAACAUAUUAAUACAAACCGUCAUACCCUGUUUUCAUAGGGUAACCUGUGAAAUUGUAGGUUUUCAGAAAGUGUAACAUAGUUUUAUUGGUGAUGAUGAUAUUUUGUAUACAUUGAAAUUCAUAAAAUAUUAAUAAAUAAAAUUGUUAAAGCUG